AUGACGAAACUGUACUUAAGUCUGGUGCUGCUUAGCGCACUCAUUGCCACAACAUGGUCGGCAGCCUUCGACAUGAAAGAAAUUCAUGACCAGAACCAGCUGGUUGGCAUCUCAAAUGCGGCAGGAGCCAGAAUUAACCUCUUGGAUCCCAAUGCAAUGGCCAAGAAUAAGUAUACGCCACCCAAGGAGAAGGAUGCACAGUUCUGGUAUAACUUGGCCAACGAGGAGAUAGCCAAGCGUUUGGCUCAGCCCCAGGUCGAUAAGCGGAAGGCGAAGAAUGUGAUAAUGUUCCUGGGAGAUGGUAUGUCACUGACAACAGUGGCAGCUGCCAGAAUACUGAAGGGCCAACUCAAGGGCAACACGGGCGAGGAGGAUGAGCUGAGCUUCGAGAAAUUCCCCUACACGGGUCUGAGCAAGACUUAUUGCAGCAAUGCCCAAGUGCCGGAUUCAGCGUGUACAGCCACGGCGUAUUUGUGUGGCGUUAAGACCAAUAUUGUUGCGUUGGGUGUCACUGCCAAUGUGAACUUUAACAACUGCAGCGGCAGCAUGGAUCCCGCCAAUCAGGUCAGCUCCAUUGCCACCUGGGCGCAGGCGGCGGGCAAGGCCACGGGCAUUGUGACAACGACUACUUUGACCCAUGCCAGUCCAUCGGGUGCGUAUGCACACGCCACAAAUCGGUUCUUUGAGAGCGACACGGAUAUUGUCACCUAUGGCGAGGGUCAGAAUGAUCCGGCUACCUGUAUGGAUAUUGCCACACAACUGAUUACCCAGGCGCCGGGCAAGAAUUUUGAUGUGAUGCUCGGCGGCGGAAUGGGCAAGUUUUUGCCCAAAUCCGUUAAUGAUAUGUUUGGAAAUCCGGGCGAGCGUUCGGAUGGUGUGAAUCUGCUCUCCAAAUGGCAAUCCUUGCAUCCGGAGGGAGCUCUAGCCUACAAUCGUGCCCAGCUGCUGAGUGUAGAUGCCAAGCGUAUACCAAGAUUGAUUGGUCUCUUCAACUCUGGUGUGAUGGACUUCCAUAAAAUGGCCGAUGCCGCCACGAAGCCCACUUUGGAGGAGUUGACCAAGAAGGCCAUUGAGGUGGUUAGCCAGAAAGACGAGGGCUAUUUCCUGUUUAUCGAGGGUGGCCUUAUCGAUUAUGGCAAUCACUUCAAUGUACCCCAAAUGGGACUCGAUGAGGUGCAUGAGCUAUCCAAGGCUGUUGAGGCCGCAGUCGGAAUGACCAAUUCCGAUGAGACUCUGAUUGUGGUCACCUCCGAUCAUGCACAUCCCCUAUCCAUUUCUGGCUAUCCGGGUCGCGGUACCAAUAUUUUGGGCCUCAAUAACCACGACACCGAUGUCAAUGGUGUCAAAUAUGCCACCUUGAACUAUGCAGUUGGCACCAACCCGUAUCUGGACGAGAAUGGCAAGCGCGAGAAUCUGGAAGACAAAAUCGAUGAUCCCUCAUUCAUCUACCCAAGUUAUAUCACUGGAACGAUUGGCGUACAUUCUGGCGAUGAUGUUGGCAUCUUUGCCACUGGACCACAGAGUCAUCUAUUCUCUGGUGUUAUGCAACAGAGCACGAUUCCCCAUCUGAUGGCCUACGCAUCCUGCAUCGGCAAAGGACCCAAAUUAUGUGACAAUUGAGCUUUCUGAAUUUCUA